AUGCCUGCCUCUUAUCAGAUCGCAUCCAUUCCAGGUGAUGGUAUUGGCCCAGAGGUUGUCAGUGCAACAAUUCAAGUUGUUGAAAAAUUGGCCAAGACACUUCAAACCUUUCAGAUUGAUUUCACCCAUAUCCCAUGGGGUACCAACUACUACAAAGAGCAUGGACGAUAUCUCUCGGAAGAUGCCCUGAGCACCCUGCGAAAAUACGAUGCUGGACUCUUCGGCGCAGUGGGAGAUCCAGGUGUACCGGAUCACAUUUCUCUAUGGGGUCUUCUACUUGCCAUUCGUGGUCCUCUGCAGCUGUAUGCCAACGUUCGGCCCGUACGUACAUUCCCAGGAACAAAGUGCCCCCUCAACACUGCAACCGGUGGUAUUGAUUGGAUGCUGGUACGUGAGAACUCCGAAGGCGAGUAUUCAGGCCAGGGAGGCCGCUCGCAUAUUGGGCAGCCAUGGGAAGCCGCGACAGAAGUAGCCAUAUUCACACGAGUUGGAAUCGAACGCAUUAUUCGGUUUGCCUUUGAAACUGCACAGUCUCGGCCUCGAAAGCACCUGACAGUCGUUACAAAGAGCAACUCCAUGCGCAAUGGAAUGGUCCUCUGGGACGAAGUCGCAGCUUCUGUUGCUAAGGACUUCCCUGAUGUCACUUGGGAUAAGAUGCUCGUGGAUGCAAUGACAGUCCGAAUGGUUUGGAAACCGGAGUCUAUCGACACAAUUGUGGGCACCAAUUUGCAUAUGGAUGUUCUCUCGGAUCUAGCUGCUGCGUUGGCUGGUUCUAUUGGUAUCGCUCCUUCUAGUAAUCUGGAUCCAACUCGCAAGAAUCCAUCUCUAUUUGAGCCAGUUCACGGGAGUGCCUUCGAUAUCAUUGGAAAGGGAAUCGCCAAUCCCGUUGGAACAUUUUGGUCAGCCGCGGAGAUGCUCACUUGGUUGGGAGAGAAGGAUGCCUCGGCUAAGUUGAUGCAGUGUGUUGAGAACGUCUGCGCCGCUGGUAUUUUGACGCCUGACUUGGGUGGAACCUCGAAUACCCAAGACGUGGUCGAUGCAGUAUGUGCUGAGAUUGAGAAAUUGAAGGCUUGA